AUGAUGGGAGACAUACGUGCACCUGUCAUUGGGAUCGUUAUCAUCUCUUACCUGCUCAGUUUCUUCAUACACAGGACAGAGAAUGUCAAAGCGCCAAUUGUCGGUCGUCGAUCAUGGUUGGAACCGAUCCUCCUACUACGGUACCGUUUUCUUCAGAAUGCUUCAUCCAUACUUGCCCAAGGAUACAGCCAAGGCAAAGCAUCCAUGUUCAGACUUCUUCGUGCCGAUAUCGACCUCCUUGUCGUUUCGAACAGAUACUUGAACGAGCUCAAAGCUUUCCCUGAGUCAGAACUGAGUUUUGCUCAUGGGCUGUAUCGAAACUUUGUGGGCAAGUAUUCGAUGUUGCAGCUUACAGUAGAUAGCAGCAUCAUGACUAAAGCCGUCUUGAGCAAGCUGACUCCAGCAUUACAUUACUUCAUACCCAUCAUGCAGAAGGAACUUGAGGCCGCUACGUCUGACGAAACGCCUGAAUGCAAAGACGAAUGGAAGGAGGUAGAUUUGAUGCGCCUUCUGAACCGGAUCACCACCCGCAUGUCCGCUCACUUUAUCGUCGGACCUGACCUUUGCAAGAAUGAAGCGUGGCUACAAGCAUCGAUCAAGUACACAGAAACAGCUAUUCCGACAGGCAUUAUACUUAGACUCUUCCCGACCUUACUUCACCCCUUCAUCGUCCAUCUUUUACCAGUCCGUUGGGGAGCAAAGCACUGUGUCAAAGAAGCUCGACGUCUUAUCGUCCCCCUUGUGGAACGACGUCGAAAGGAGCAAGUUGAGAGUCUCCAAGGUUACGUGAAACCAAACGACUUUGUACAGUGGAUGAUGGACCUUGCAAAAACCGAGAAUGAGAGCGAUCCUACCAACAUAGCACACCGAGCGUUGAUCAUGAGCCAAGCGUCGAUUCCGCCUGCGGCACUAACGGCAACACAAGUGUUGUAUGACCUCCGCGCUUAUCCGGAAUACAUCGAGCCUAUACUUGAAGAAGCUCUCGCUGUGAUCAAAGAAGACGGCGAAAUAAGUCAGAAGACAUUAUUUCGAAUGCGCAGACUGGACAGCUUCAUGAAAGAAUCUCAGCGGGUGAAUCCUCCGCAACUACUGAGUUUCCAACGCUAUGCCGCCAAGUCACUAACCCUCUCCGAUGGCACCCACAUCCCCAAAGGCACACAAGUCUGUGUGGCUGCCAGUUCCAUAUCAGCGGAUCCUCAGAUCGUUCACGACCCAGAGCGCUUCGACGGAUGGCGUUACUACUACAAGCGUCUUGUUCCAGGCGAAGAGAACCGUCACCAGUUCUCUAGCAUAGACACUGAGUGGCUGCACUUUGGAUACGGGCCUCAUGCGUGCCCAGGCCGCUUCUUCACUGCCAGCGAGGUCAAGAUGAUUGUGGUUCACUUCUUAACCAAGUACGAACUUGCAUUUCGCCCAGGCGAAGGAAGACCGAAGAAUCAGGUUCAUGACGAGUUAGUGUUUCCGGAUUUGGCUGCGAGGAUAUUGAUUCGGGAGAAGAGAACUGCAGACACGUUGUGA